CUGGAGAUUCAGUGAAGGAGCGCCGACGCCAUCCGGACACGCUUUUGUUUGUGGAUGAACACUACAAACCGUUUCGGAAAUGAGGAAAGACAUUGGGAAAUUAUUAUUUUUUCAUUUUUUUAUGUCGGAAUUAUACUCAGCAAAAGGUACUGAAACUGGCACUGAAACUGAGUGCGAAGAUGGACAGUUUCAAUGCAACAAUGGGAGAUGUAUUCCCACUAUUUGGAGAUGCGAUGAUGACGAUGAUUGCUCUGACAACAGCGAUGAAGAGAACUGCUUGAAGAAGACAUGUGCACCCUCAGAGUUUGCAUGUGAGAAUGGUCAGUGUGUUCCUGGGCGUUGGCGGUGUGAUGGUGAACCUGAGUGUCCAGAUGGAUCAGAUGAGGCCGAUGUAACCUGCACAGUCAGACAGACAUGUCCACCAGAUAAGUUCGACUGUGGAGGGAAGUGCGUGUCGCUGUCCUGGCGCUGUGACGGGGAGAGAGACUGUGAAAACGGUUUAGAUGAAGAGGACUGCGCUGCGGAUGCCAGGUCCUGCACAAGUGGAGAGUUUCAGUGCCGUAACCAUAAGUGUUUAGCACCGGUCUACGCGUGUGAUGGUGAUGACGACUGUGGAGAUGGCAGCGAUGAAGAGAAGUGCUCUCCGCCCACCUGUGGGCCGCACGAGUUUCGCUGCAACAGCACAGAGUGCGUGCCGAAUCCCUGGACCUGCGACGGCGACUCCGACUGCGCUGAUGGUUCUGAUGAGUGGGCGGGGCGAUGCGGGAGCGGGUCCGAUCGGCCAGCUCCGCCCCCUGCCCGCAGGCUUCAAUGCAGCCCUGGAGAAUUUCGUUGCGGCAGUGGCGAGUGUCUGAGGCUGACGUGGAGAUGUGACCGGGAUCCUGACUGCAAGGACAAAUCAGAUGAGGCAGACUGCCCUCUGCUUACAUGCCGACCCGAUGAGUUCCAGUGCGGGGACGGAUCCUGCAUCCAUGGCAUCAAACAGUGCAAUAAAAUACACGACUGCCUGGACAAAAGCGAUGAGGCUGGCUGUGUCAAUGCCACCAAAUGUGAGGGACCUCUGAAAUUCCUCUGCAGAAAUGGUGAAUGCAUUGAUGGCACAAAGGUAUGUGACAGUGUCAAGGACUGCAAGGAUCGAUCAGAUGAACCCCAGAAGGAGUGCAGUUUAAAUGAAUGUUUACUUAAUAAUGGUGGUUGCUCACACAUCUGCGUAGACCGGCCUAUAGGAUUUGAAUGCCAGUGUCCCGCUGGGUACAAGCUGCUGGACAAAAGGACAUGUGGAGACAUUGAUGAGUGUGAAAACCCUGAUGCCUGCAGUCAGAUCUGCAUCAACCUUAAAGGAGAUUUCAAGUGUGAAUGUCAUUCAGGUUAUGAGAUGGACCCUGUGAGCAAAACUUGCAAAGCAAAGGGAAAAAGCCCUUACCUGAUGUUCACGAACAGACAUGAGAUCAGACGCAUUGACCUGGUGAAGAGGGACUACACACAGGUGGUUCCUACUCAGAAGAAUGCAGUCGCCAUUGAUAUAGAUGUAGCUGCCAACCGCAUGUUCUGGUGUGACCGUUUUCAACGUAAAAUAUACAGUGCAUACAUCCACGAAGCAAGCGAUCCGUCUCGUCACGUUACCCUGAUCAACACGGAUCUGCAUUCCCCGGAGGGUCUUGCUCUAGAUUGGGUUCACCACAACCUCUACUGGACUGAUUCGGGUGACAGAACCAUAUCUGUCGCUUCAACAGAUGGGAGCAGAAGACGAGUACUGAUCAACACCGAGCUGAGUGAGCCGCGGGCCAUCGCUGUGGAUCCAGAACGAGGGUUUAUGUACUGGUCUGACUGGGGGAUCAGAGCCAAGAUAGAGAAGGCUGGCAUGAAUGGUGUAGAUCGACAGGUAUUGGUGUCUGCAGACAUCGAGUGGCCCAAUGGAAUCACUUUAGAUGUAGUUGGCAAGCGUUUGUACUGGGUGGACUCAAAACUUCAUCAGAUCUCCAGCGUGGAUUUAAACGGGGCUCAACGCAGAGUCAUCCUAUCGUCCAUCGAGAGACUCGGCCAUCCUUACGCCCUUGCUGUGUUUGAGGAUCGGGUAUACUGGACGGACCGUGAAAAGGAAGCUGUCUACAGCGCAAACAGACUCACGGGUCAAGAUGUGACCAGUCUCGCUGAACACCUGAAUGAUCCGCAUGAUAUUGUGGUUUUCCAUGAGUUAAGCCAACCUGAGGCUCCUGACAGCUGUAACCUGGGUGGCGUGACCAACGGAGGUUGUGACUUCUUAUGUCUGCGAGCCCCUCAGAUCAGCGAGCACUCACCCAAAUACACCUGCGCUUGCCCUGAUGGAGAGGAGCUGAGCCCUGACACACGCCAAUGUGUACCCGUCCAAAAUGACACUGCUGUAACGCCUACUGUCCCCAUCAACGUCACCAUGGAAACCGCUUCAGUGGCUGCUCAGGAACCAGAGUCUCCUGCAGCAGUGACCUCUCAGUCUGAUAAUAUAGCAGAAACCAUUGUGCCAUCACUCUUUACUUCCGGCCCUGAGGAGCCACUCGUCUCCUCGAAUGCUACAGAGCAGAGUCCAGCACAGACAUACAGUACCACACUGGGAGAUACAAGCAACCUGUCUCACCACUCCGGCAAUGAUUUGUUCCUCCUUGGCCGUAAUCUGACAGUGGCGGUGCUUGGCGUUGUAAUUCCCAUAGUUCCUAUCGUUGCCACAGUGGUCUUCGGGGUCCUGUGUGCCGGCGUUUACCUCGUAUACCGCAAUUGGAGGCAGAACAGCACCAAGAGCAUGAACUUCGACAAUCCAGUCUACCGCAAGACCACGGGAGAGACAGAAGAGGACGAGAUCCAUAUCGGCCGUACCGACGGGUUGGCUGGACAUCAUCACCCUUACCCUGGACCCGUAGUUGGCAUGACUCCAGUCGGUACGGCAUCGUGCCCACCCUUCAUCGCUUUACCUCUGGGGACCGGCAUACCAGAUCCAGCUACACACUGGUACACAGAUCAACCCACCAUCUCUAGUGCUAAAUGAAGUGGAGAACUUUAUAAAUACUGUGACCUCAAAGUUUAGGACUGAGACAGGGCUGCCAAGCUAUGCAGGAACUGAUCCAGCAAGGUUGGACAAAUGGACAGUUUCUGAAGUGCAUUAAAAUGAUGCACUGCAAAUGCUGGGUACUCGUACAGUAUGAUUAGAGGCUGAAAGUAUGGUAAAAAAAUGCUUAACGGAUUUACCUAUAUUUGUUUGGUACACUUAACACAGGUUUAUUGCUGAUUAUAACAACCAUUGAACAUUUUGCUCUUAAACAAUCUUGCAAUUGUUUAGAUUAUUCUUAAAAGUAAUAUUACUGCACUGUAAUUUACAUUCAGUCUCAGAGAAACAUUUUACUACUAACAUCACUUUGUGAUACAAGUGGUUUAGGUGGUUAAAAUAUACAGUAAAUGGUACAAGUGGUUAAGGAAAUUAGAUGCAAUCUCAAAAGUAACUAUUAUUAAUUUAGACCUAUGACAUAUACAGUACCCUCUCAAAAAUGCUGAGUUGUUUUUAACCUAUGUUUGGGAAAAACUUAGAAAAUGUUAAAGGAACAUUUCACUUUUUUUGAAAAUAUGCUAAUUUUCCAGCUCCCCUAGAGUUAAA